AUGUCCUCGGCCGGGGGCUUGACUCGCCGACGAGGCGGCGGUCGAGCCGCUGGCGCAGACGAACAAGAUGACAGUCGAGUGUCAUCGCCUGUCUCGAGAAAUAACUCUGCGAUGGACCACCGCGGUCCGGAGACCUCGUUCACCAGCGGAGAGAAUGGCCACAAGAUCGCAUUCGACCCCCGCGACCUCAGCGAAACCGAAGAGCGGAGCAAGCAACCGAAAUUGACCCUGAUGGAGGAAGUGCUGUUGUUGGGACUGAAGGAUAAGCAGGGUUACCUGUCCUUCUGGAACGAGAACAUCUCCUAUGCCCUGCGCGGGUGCAUUGUCAUUGAAUUGGCACUCCGCGGUCGUAUAAGCAUGCAGAAGGACUCUUCGCGGCGCCGCUUUCCCCUGGCUGACCGCGUGAUCGAGGUUGUCGACGACACAUUGACCGGAGAAGUCUUGCUGGACGAGGCAUUGAAGAUGAUGAAGUCGAGCGAGAAGAUGAGCGUGAACUCAUGGAUCGAUCUGAUGAGCGGCGAAACCUGGAACCUCAUGAAGAUCGGCUACCAAUUGAAACAAGUGCGUGAGCGACUGGCCAAGGGCCUUGUGGAUAAGGGAAUUCUGCGAACCGAGAAACGAAAUUUCCUCCUCUUCGAUAUGGCGACGCACCCCGUUGCCGAUGGCGGCGCUAAAGACGACCUCCACCGACGGGUGCGCAACAUCUGCAGCAACCGCACCGUUAUCAUCCCUCCCAGCCCAUGGCUCCCUGAGGAUGCCGAUUUCCGUUAUCUGCGCACAGUGACAAUGGUCUGUGCCGCGUACGCGGCCAAUGUUUUGGAAAAUGCUUUGGUGACGAUGAGCCACGAGGCGCGCGAGAGAGCUUUUGCCCAGGUCGACGAGCUACUUGCGGAAUACUCCCAAUGGCCCUUCGCGCGCCGGGCAGGCGGCUCGCAGGCAAUCGGAGCCAACUUGGCCCAAGCCAUCAACGAUGAGGUCAACCGCAAGGAUCGGGAGCUUCAAAUGGAGAUUGUCGCCGCAUGCUUGAGCGUUUUCACCAGACUUGAUUCCUUACUCUAA